ACGACGCCAUAUUGUCAUGUCAAAGUUUGUGUCUGCAGUGAGUGUAUUGUGGAUGUAUUUUUAUUGAAAAAUUCUGUUAAAGUUGUAAAUCGUACUGCUGCGGCGUGAAAAGCGUGAGGCGCAGGGUGCACCGUUGCAUCCUCUGAAACAUGAGUUAUCAGAUCCCGUCGUCACAGAGUCGCACAAUGUCUCACAGCAACUAUGGUGGGUCGGACGUGCCGAUGGCUCCCAACAAGGAGCAGCAGACCCUCAUGUGGCAGCAGAACUCCUACCUGGUUGACUCUGGCAUCAACUCUGGAGCUGCCACUCAGGUGCCGUCGCUCACCGGCAAGGAAGAUGACGAAAUGGAAGGGGAUCAGCUCAUGUUCGAUCUGGACCAGGGCUUCGCUCAAGGUUUCACUCAGGAGCAGGUUGAUGACAUGAACCAGCAGCUAUCGCAGACGCGUUCGCAACGCGUCCGCGCAGCCAUGUUCCCUGAGACCUUGGAGGAAGGCAUCGAGAUCCCCUCCACUCAACUGGACCCUGCCCAGCCCACUGCGGUGCAACGCCUCUCUGAGCCCUCGCAGAUGCUGAAGCACGCUGUUGUCAAUCUGAUUAACUAUCAGGAUGAUGCGGAUUUGGCCACCAGAGCCAUUCCUGAGUUGAUCAAGCUACUCAAUGACGAAGAUCAAGUGGUGGUGUCGCAAGCCGCCAUGAUGGUUCACCAGCUCUCGAAGAAGGAAGCGUCUCGCCAUGCCAUCAUGAACUCGCCACAGAUGGUGGCCGCUUUAGUGCGCGCUAUCUCCAACAGCAACGAUCUCGAGACUACUAAGGGGGCUGUGGGGACCCUCCACAAUUUAUCGCACCAUCGCCAAGGUCUGCUUGCCAUCUUCAAGAGCGGUGGCAUCCCCGCUUUGGUCAAGCUUCUGAGCUCUCCGGUCGAGUCUGUUCUGUUCUACGCCAUCACGACCCUGCAUAACCUCCUUCUGCAUCAAGACGGAUCCAAGAUGGCCGUCCGUCUGGCUGGAGGUCUUCAGAAGAUGGUUGCUCUAUUGCAGCGCAACAACGUGAAGUUUUUGGCGAUUGUGACCGAUUGCCUGCAGAUCUUGGCUUAUGGGAACCAGGAGUCGAAACUGAUCAUCCUUGCGUCUCAAGGGCCGAUCGAACUCGUGCGCAUCAUGCGCUCUUACGACUACGAAAAGUUGCUGUGGACCACCUCCAGGGUGCUGAAGGUUCUGUCAGUGUGCUCGAGCAACAAGCCAGCGAUCGUGGAGGCGGGCGGCAUGCAGGCUCUGGCCAUGCACCUGGGUAACCCCAGCGGCCGGCUCGUGCAGAACUGUCUCUGGACUUUGAGGAAUCUUUCUGACGCUGCCACUAAGGACUUCUCUUCGCAGGUGGAGGGUCUGGAGAACCUGCUCUCUAGCUUGGUGCAGGUGCUGGCUUCAACUGACGUCAACAUCGUCACCUGCGCCGCGGGGAUACUGUCCAACUUGACUUGCAACAACCAGCGCAACAAGGUGACAGUGUGCCAGGCGGGCGGAGUGGACGCGCUGGUCCGCACCGUGGUGUCGGCGGGCGACCGCGAGGAAAUCACGGAGCCCGCCGUGUGCGCGCUGCGACACCUCACCUCGCGGCACGUUGAGAGCGAGAUGGCGCAGAACGCUGUGCGUCUGCAUUAUGGGCUGCCGGUGAUAGUGAAGCUGCUGCAGCCGCCGUCGCGCUGGCCGCUGGUGAAGGCGGUGGUGGGUCUGGUGCGCAACCUGGCGCUGUGCCCCGCCAACCACGCGCCGCUGCGCGAGCACGGCGCCGUGCACCACCUCGUGCGCCUGCUCAUGCGCGCCUUCAACGACACGCAGCGGCAACGCACCUCAAGCGGCGGCGGCAGCGGCACGGGCGCAGCGUACGCCGACGGAGUCCGCAUGGAGGAAAUAGUAGAAGGAGCCGUCGGGGCACUCCACAUCCUGGCACGAGAGAGCCUCAACCGACAGCUCAUACGCCAGCAGAAUGUCAUCCCGAUAUUCGUACAGCUGCUCUUCAAUGAGAUAGAGAACAUACAGCGCGUAGCAGCGGGAGUACUUUGCGAGCUCGCUGCGGAUAAGGAAGGCGCAGAGAUGAUAGAAGCGGAGGGCGCUACAGCCCCUCUUACUGAGUUACUGCACUCGCGUAAUGAAGGUGUUGCCACUUACGCCGCCGCCGUCCUCUUCCGCAUGUCUGAAGACAAACCGCAUGAUUAUAAGAAGAGACUAUCCAUGGAACUAACCAACUCGCUGUUCCGCGACGACCACCAGAUGUGGCCUAACGAUCUCGCCAUGCAACCGGACCUGCAGGAUAUGCUCGGGCCAGAACAAGGCUAUGAGGGACUAUACGGCACUCGACCCUCAUUUCAUCAACAAGGAUACGAUCAGAUACCGAUAGAUUCGAUGCAGGGUUUGGAAAUUGGCAGCGGCUUCGGGAUGGAUAUGGACAUAGGCGAGGCUGAAGGCGCGGGCGCAGCGUCCGCUGACCUGGCGUUCCCCGAACCGCCUCAUGAUAAUAACAACGUGGCCGCGUGGUACGAUACCGAUCUUUAGAUAAUACAUAGUUCUAUGAUGUCUAUAAGUUCACGAACCUAAAAUUUCCAGAACGUUCUAUUUUCUUCAGAUACUUUGUGGUGUAAAGGAGAGUUUUUAUGGAAGUAGCAUUUGGAUUUCGGAAUUGAGACAGCAGGCAUUUUGCUAAAGAGACACGUCGCGAAGUAUUGGAAAGAAAUAGGAUUGUACGUAUCCAUAUUGGUGCCAUGAUUAUUUAUCACUUCUCUUGAAAAAAAAAUGAUUAUGUUGAUUUAUGGGCACAGGCCUCUCCUCAAUCGACCGAUUUGAGGGUGACUUGUAUAAAAUAAUCUAAAUUCUAUAGACAUCAUAGUGCUUUCCAUUGGAUUGUUUCGUUCACUAUUUAAUUGAAACUAAGACUGUAGUAAAAAGCUACCUACUUAUUUUUGAACAAAUCGCUGUAACACCCGCCCGGUGUUAUUGUUCCUGGAAAUGAUAAACUGUAAACAUUUUGUGAAUUUUACAUUGUAUUCGUGGCUCUAUAAUUUUGCGCCGUCGAGGUAUUAGAAUAAUUGUAUUACUAGAUUAGGUGUGCUCUUUCGGUCUAUGCUAAGUUCCUCUUAGUUCAGGCCAUAAAAGAAGCUUGAUUUGAUUUAAAAUUCUACCAAAUUAUAAGCUACGAAUACCCACUCCCACAAUUGUGAAAGAAAGCAGAUGUAUAUCAAACCUGUGAUAGUUUGCAGCUUUGUAUUUUUAUUGCAUGUAAUCGACAUAAGAUCUCAAUUGAGUACGUACCGUUUAUUUUUCACGAUUGGAUAUCCUCGAAUGGUUUAUUAUUUCAAAAUUGGUGCUAUGUUUUAAACCACCUACAAAACGAUGUAUUUUCUUCCACAAAUUCUAUAAAUUGAGAUGUUGUGACGCCCUGCAUUGAUUGUAUCGACUUUUUUAUACGUGGACGUAUAAGAUGCGUAUAAUCGGAGAAUAGGGUAACCUAAACUUAAGAUUUUUAUAGGCUUUAAAGUAAUAUUUCGUAGUUGUCUAUUAAUAUAGUUCUACGCGCAUUUAUAAAUUUUCUAUUUUGUUUUAUUUGAUGUGUGAACGUAAUUAAGUGAUAAUUUCAUAUUGAUUUUGUUAUAAUUGAUAAUUUACUAAACGGUUAAUUUAAAUGAAUGUAUAAGACUGUCGUGUUAGUAAGGAAGGAUGACAAUUAUUUUACCGAUUGACUGCCAUGUUUAGUUCAAAUGUAUUAUGCAACUAGUUUGAGAAGGAGGCCAAAUUAUGUAGGACACUGUGUUUGGUAUUAGCCAUAUAUUGUUUUAUCUUACAUAAAAUAGUAUGUCAAAUAAAACAGGUAACUUGAACGUAGUAUCAGUAACUAAAUUCCUGAUAUCAUGAAAUGGUACUUAAAGAUUUGUAAUGUACUGCAAUGUAACGUAUGUACCCUUGUCGUCUCUUGCGCAUCGUAUGAUAUUCAGACGUUUUAGAAAAUGCACUCAAAUAACUAACACACACUUAGCAGUGUAUACUACUUAUAUCUUUUAGAAUAUUGUAAUCGUUAGCUCGUAAGAUUUAGCAAAAUAAUUGAAUAUUACGUAAAUGUCCUCUUUAGGGUCCUCUUAUAUAAUUUUUCUAUUUUAUAUUUUGAAUCGACUUUACAAUGUUUUUAUCACGUCCAUUGAUAAAUGCAUUGCCAAAGUAUGACAUUUUGUGUCCAUUUAUGUAUGGAUAAAUUAUUAAUAAAUAAUUGAAAUUA